CAGAAAGUCUCCCGGUGUCCUAGGGGGAGGAAUUUGCACAUGAUCCCUUAUUACAUAACUGUAGCCGACCAGUAUCUACAACUAGUCUCGGAGCAGGCAGUAAUAAGUUACAGAAAUGCUGCCAAACCAAGUGGGCAAACAGUUGGGUCACCCUACAUACUCCUUAUCUGGAUGGUUGGAGGAAUUAUGGUCACGACUCUAAGGCUGGAUAGUCUUAAAAGAACAAUUUCUAGGAGAGCUCUCAAUGGAAAAAUUUGGAAUCCUGAGGUCUACAUGGAUGCACUGCAGUCGUGCGGAUUCACAGAUGUUCGAUUGGAGGACAACAGAGACAAACUAAUAAAUUUUCAAGCUAUUUUUGCCACUGCUAGGAAGUAAUUUUGUAAUUAGCAGGGCUCAAAAUGAACCUUGUCCAGAAUGAGUUAAUAUCUUGGACAGGGAGGUGAAUGAAAUCAGACAAAUAUCUAGAAAAAUACUAACUAAUAGAUCUUUUUGAAUUAAUCUUUUGGGUAAACCAAACAUUCUCCUUUAUUUAUUUCUCAUUCACUGUAAUUCAUCCACUAUAGGGUGGAGGAACUAUGACGUCACCUUGUAGGCUAAUCGGCUGCUAGCGUGAAACUGGUUCGCUUUAUAAAAUCCCUUUUAUUUUCCCUAAGAAUUUUUCCCAUAGGUUUUUCGAAGAUUGCAAAUAAUAAGCUCUGUGUAUAAACGCUGUUCAUUACACUUACACGUUUUGUCCAGCCGUAUAAUCUUCACUCCAAAAUACAACUUUGAGCACUUUUAGGUCUUAAAUGCUAAUGCAAGAAUUGAAAAGCUAACAUUGGACUAAACGGACUAUUGCCUUCGGGGCGCUCGUCUGUGACGUCAGCACCACCCUGCUACAGACAACUUUUCACGCUUAUUUUUAGAAAUAUGGUCCAUGACAGAGUUAAUCUUUCU